GCCUUAAGUUAGAUAGACUCGCGUUAGCAUUAGCAAUUUUCUUUUGUUGUGAUCUGGCAUUUAGCGGUUGUGUAUUUACUCAAAUAACUUAUUUUGGGGGAAAGURCUCCUAAUACUUCCAGAAUGAGUGGUGGAGUGUAUGGAGGCGAUGAGGUGGGAGCGUUGGUGUUCGACAUCGGCUCUUAUUCUGUUAGAGCUGGUUACGCAGGAGAAGACUGUCCCAAGUUGAGGACUGGGACAGUUUCCAGGCCAUUUUGGAUCACACAUACAAGAUGCAUUUCAAGUCAGAACCCAGCCUUCAUCCGGUUCUCAUGUCUGAAGCAUCGUGGAACACACGGGCGAAACGAGAGAAGCUUACCGAGCUGAUGUUUGAACAUUACAACAUUCCUGCCUUUUUCCUCUGUAAAUCAGCUGUACUGUCCGCCUUUGCCAAUGGGCGGUCGACAGGUCUGGUCCUGGACAGUGGAGCCACACACACCACAGCAAUUCCAGUACACGAUGGUUAUGUCUUGCAGCAAGGCAUAGUUAAAUCCCCUUUGGCUGGUGACUUCAUGAGCAUGCAGUGCAGAGAGUUAUUUCAAGAGUUAGGUGUGGAAAUAAUCCCUCCCUACAUGAUUGCAUCAAAGGACCCAGUGAGGGAGGGAGCCCCAGCCAGCUGGAAGAAAAAGGAGAAACUACCUCAAGUAACCCGCUCUUGGCACAAUUACAUGUGUAAUUGUGUAAUCCAGGACUUCCAGGCAUCAGUGCUGCAGGUUUCAGACUCACCAUAUGAUGAACAAGUUGCUGCACAAAUGCCCACAGUGCACUACGAGCUUCCAAACGGCUAUAAUUGUGACUUUGGGGCAGAGAGGCUAAAGAUCCCAGAAGGACUGUUUGACCCCUCUAAUGCUAAGGGUUUGUCAGGAAACACCAUGUUAGGAGUCGGCCACGUGGUGACAACCAGCGUAGGGAUGUGUGACAUCGACAUCCGGCCCGGUUUAUAUGGCAGUGURGUGGUGACGGGAGGAAACACUCUUAUUCAAGGCUUCACAGAUCGACUGAACAGAGAACUCUCCCAGAAAACCCCUCCAAGUAUGAGGCUGAAGCUGAUUGCCAACAACACCACGGUGGAGCGCCGGUUCAGCGCGUGGAUUGGAGGCUCCAUCCUGGCAUCACUUGGAACCUUCCAGCAGAUGUGGAUCUCCAAACAAGAAUAUGAGGAAGGAGGAAAGCAAUGUGUGGACAGGAAGUGUCCUUGAUUUAACAUCCAGCCCCACCUCGUCAUCUUUGCCACAUCAUGAGAUGUUCACUUCUGACCCAGAAACACUCAGCUUUUACUUUGUAUAAUUUUUUGUUAAUUGAGCUGAUUUAAACACCUGUCUGGAUCUCACUGUAGAAGUCAAACAUUGAUCUCUCAUCCCCAAUCUAAAGCAUCUCAUCUCUUUGAAGUCGUGUAUUUUGCCCGAUUUAAUUGUUGGUGAAAAUCUGUCCUCGAAAGGUCAUGUUUCUGACUGGAGAAAAAAAAGUUGUUGUACAGGAUUUCAGUAACUUUUUGACAAGUUAAAAUAUUGUGAUAAAGGUUGAUAUUUGGAGACGAGCUUGAGCGCAAAUGUUUUCUGAUCUUUUGCCAUUUUGUGUAGCAAACAGYCCCAUCAUAGGCAGAGGCAAGUCAGUUUUUCCUGUACUUAUGUGAGAACUGAAAUCUGUAUUUGAUUCAUUUUUACUUGUCAUUGGCUUCAUACUGUGACCUUUUUAAAAUAAAGUCUUUUUAUGUUUAAA